GCAUAGGAUAUGACGUAUAACGUAAAUAAGUAAAAGUUAUAUAAUUGUCAAAUCCUAAACCAACUGAACGUCGUAUAAACGUUUGACGUAUAGUCACAAAGCUCAAAGGGGUGUGGAAAUGGUGCUAAAGUUUAAAGGACCAACACAGGCACGGCUGGAGAAGUCAUCGUGAGUAGCUGCUGGUAUCUAGCGCCGUUUGUUGGUGAGAAUACGCUAACGCAAAAAUCAAGUUAAGUUCGUUUUCUUUACAAAGAAAGGGUAAUUAUACAUAUAACGUCACGCGUUGUGGUGAAUGACACUGCUGUAUAGGUUUCUGUCAUGUAUUAUAUCCAUUGUACGUUUCUCUUGGACAAAUUCGAGCUAUUUCGAUGACGAAAAUGAAAAAAGGAAUUUGAAAAUACACGCAGAAUUAAGGGUCACGUGGGGUCUUUUUGUGACUUUUAUUUAUGUUAAUUGCAGCUCCAACGGUUGCAGUUUGUCCCCUCGGGUUGUUUUUGAGGCCCAUUUGAAGGCAGCACCCACCUGCACCACUAGUUCGGCUUUUGUGAAAUGACAGCCGACUCUUUUAAAACCGACUCUUUCAGCUCUUAAUGUGGCCUCAUAUUUUAGCCAAAUGCGAACGGGUCGUGUGUUGCAAAGCCCCUUUGCAUUAAAUGUGAAUCAACUUUUUAAUUGCACAAAAACAUCCACACUCCUCCUUUAUGAGAGUAUCUGCCCCGUUCUUGAAAAGAUUCACUUAGAAGUAAAAAGGCUUUGAUUCUUUAUCCUCAUGUGAGAUUAGUUGAAUAGCUGUCCAUGAAAACCAAGUCCUGCUCCUGUCCUCAAGUGAGCUGACAUUGAAGAUUGAAGUGCCCAAAAGGGGCGUUAGGGGGAAUCGGUUUUUACGAUUCACUGCAAAGCAUCGUCUCUUUUGCGCAUGACGCAUCAUUAAUCCUCACAUGCUUUUCAGGAGCCCGACGUAGUCACCCAAGAGGAAGCAGACCGGAGGCGGAGUUCAUACUGUUGUCAAGCGGGCACAGAGAAGGACCAUGGCUGAGAAUAAAAUGGGUCCAAACCUACAGGCCGGUGCCGGAUUCCUCGCUAAAAGGGUACAGAAGUCCCUGAAUCGCGCUCAGGAGAAGGUCCUUCAAAAACUGGGCAAAACCAUGGAGACCAAGGAUGAACAUUUUGAGCUGUGUUUGCAGAAUCUAAACAAACAACAGAUGGAUGGAAGUAGGUUGCUUAAAGAUGUGAAGGCCCACUAUGCAGCAGUGAAAGCUGUACAUGAGACAUCCAAGAGAAUGUCUCAGACGUUGAGAUACAUCUACGAACCUGACUGGGAUGGCGUGGAGGACCUUGCUGCUAUUACAGGAAGUGAAGACUUGCUGUGGAAUGACUACGAGGAGAAAUUGAAUGACCAGAUUGUGCGUACAAUGGAAAACUAUACAAGCCAGUUCCCCGAGGUCAAGGAGCGUGUUGCCAAACGCGGUAGAAAGCUGGUGGACUACGAUUCAGCACGUCACCACCUUGAGGCGCUGCAGAGCGCCAAGAAAAAGGAUGAUUCAAAAAUAGCUAAGGCAGAGGAAGAGUUCAACAAGGCUCAGAAUGUCUUUGAGGAGAUAAAUAACGAGCUGAGGGAGGAGCUGCCUGUUCUCUAUCAGAGCCGCAUUGGUUGCUAUGGGACAGUGUUCCAAAACAUUUCAAAUCUGAGGGAUGUCUUCUACAAAGAAAUGAGUGUGCUUAACCGGGAGUUAUACAACGUGAUGAAAAAAACAGAGAAUCAACAUUCUGGGAAAGCGUUCAUCAUCAAGGGUCUGAGCAGCACAUCAGGGAAGUCAAAGAAGAGGAAGUCCCUGGUAAUCUCCAAUCCAAUCCCGUGCAACACAGCGUUCCCAUCUGAUCACAUCUCCAUCCUUUCGUCAACCCAAAAUGGGAAAAAUGCUUUACCCUCCUCACCUGGUCCACAAACUCCGCCCAGCUCUGAUGAGAUGGCUGCAGCAGAGGAGAGUGGCGCCUCCUCCAAAGCUGCACACUCUUCAGACUCGGAUCUCAGCUCCAGCGGCACCAACUCUCCCAAGAGACAGUCGCUCGACAGAAGCACAGCAAGCGAAAGUCCAGAGGAGGCGGAGGCGGAGGCGGAGGCGGAGGCGGAGGCGGAGGCGGAAGCGGAAGCGGAAGCGGAGCUAGCAACAAACCAGUCUGACGACUCCGGCCUGGGGGUCCCAAAAUCUGACCUUGCAACUCAAGAAACGUCCGGCCCCCCCGAUUGCGCCAGUAGCGAAGCGCCACACGUUCCUGAGCAGCAGGACGUCGAAAGUGAGCCGCCGUCAGAGGAAGACAAAAACAAAAGUGCACCAGUUCCUGCCCCUCGAGUCUCUUUCCGCUCCCAGAAACUUCCUCUGCUUACGGCUCAGGAGGAGCAGGAGAGUGAUGGAGCAUGUGACAUCAAGGAGACAAGUGUAUCAGGAGAUGACCACAACCCGGAUGACUUUGUCUGCAAGGGGGUGGCGCUCGAGAGCCAUGCAGCAUCUGAAGGUGGCCAGCUCCAGUUUGAGCAGAGGGACAUCCUCCUGGGGCUUGCUGGUGGUGAAAAGGAAGAUCUGUUGAUGGGGGCCGGGAAGGAGAGCUGGAAACCACACAUGGAUUCAGAAGAUCGCAGCGGGACUUUCUCAGAAGACCUCAUCGGGCCUGUUGAGGCAGAGUGAUGCAAUACUCGUCUCUAAUAUUUCAUUCCGCCCACAAACAGCUGGUGACACACACACACACACAUACACACACACGCACGUCAUUUCACAUGCAGAAGGUUUAAAUUGUCGAGGGUGUGGAAGCUGCACAAACAGAUCCCUCUUAAAUGUUGUGAUGCAACUCGAGGAGCAAAAUACAAUAAGCAGCUGCAGUGAAUUUUGCAAGAGACGCAGUAUUUAGAUAAAGCUACAUUUUAUAGAACAGUAUGAUGUUUUUUAUUCUCCCUAUGAAAUAAUGUGAAGCAUUUUUUUAAAGUGUUCUGUCAGAUUGAUCAAUAAAGGCCAAGUUUAAAAAAAGAAAAAG